CACAUAUAUAAUUCGUGGGGGUAGAGACGAUGAUCCUCAUUGCAACCAUUGCAUGUUUUGGCGUUGACUGUCACUCGCAUUCUCUUCAUGCGCUCCUUUUCAUCAUCGCUGGGGAUCCUGGCGCUCUCCACUACGUUCUUUAGCCUUAAUGUCUCUGCUCUUCACCGCACCAAACUAAACAAGAUACCACUCCAGCCAUUCGAUCCUAACCAAGCUGCUAUUCGCCUGGCACAGAAGUAUGGAAGCGGUGCAGGCUCGCCUGCCUCUAUUGCCAAGCUCACGAAAGAGCUAGUCGUUCAGACCGAAUCUGACUCCGCAAUGGGAGCGGAUGUUAUUCUCACAGAAGGGCAUUACAAUGAGUUGCAACUUACAAACUAUGCGAACUCUCAGUACUUCGCCGACAUAUCAAUCGGGACUCCACCACAGAAUUUUUCAGUCAUUAUGGAUACCGGGUCUUCAAAUCUGUGGAUCCCAAGCAAAUCAUGCAAAUCUGUGGCCUGUACCAUUCAUGCCCAAUACGAUUCGUCAGCUUCGAGCACCUACAAUCCAGAUGGAGCGAGUUUCAGGAUCCAUUAUGGUUCAGGGUCAGUAGAAGGGCAUGUUUCGGGUGACACCGUCGAUGUUGGAGGUUUAGGUGUGAAGAACAUGAGCUUCGCAGAAGCGACUUCAGAGCCGGGACCUGCUUUUAUUUAUGGAAAGUUUGACGGGAUUCUGGGACUUGGCAUGUGGAAUAUCUCCGUCAACAAUAUUCGUCCCUUGUUCUAUCAGAUGAUCGAACAAGGGCUAGUGGAAGCGCCUGUCUUUUCCUUUCGAAUAGGUCCCUCGGAACAAGAUGGUGGUGAAGCAGUGUUUGGGGGGAUUGAUCCCGCACACUACAAGGGCGACAUGUCGUUCCAUUCGGUGAAAAGGCAGGGCUAUUGGCAACUAGCUUUGGAAAGAGUAGCAAUUGGAAACUCGACUCUUGACUUGAGUGAAGCGGGAGCAGCAAUCGAUACGGGCACGUCACUGAUCAUUGUACCGAAGGAGCAUGCCUCCGCUCUUAACAAUGCAAUUGGUGCCAUACCAAAUGGAAACGGCCAAUAUGUUCUCCCAUGUCAUACUGUGGCGUCUCUUCCCGAUAUCGUUUUUACGUUCGGGGACAAGACCAAGGAUUACCCCCUGUCACCUUCUGACUAUAUACUGACGGUCGGAAAGAGUUGCAUGAGUGUUUUUACUUUCAUGGAUUCUCCGAGCGGUCUUUGGAUCAUAGGGGAUGUAUUUCUCAGGAGAUACUUUUCUGUAUUCGAUUUAGGGAAUAAUGCUGUCGGCUUUGCCACCUCCGCGUGAGGCUAGUUACAGCCCAAGUUAUAGCACCCUAUUUAUCACUCCACAACCGAUGGAUCGAGAGACUGGAAGUCUGGUACUGAAAGACCUGUGCAGAGGCUCCUUGGGCAUUUGGAUACAUUCGACCAUAGUCUCAGGCUUCGAUUCAAUGUUUCACAUUGAUUCUCCCCUCGAAACAAUCCAGGAAUUGUACAAUACCUGGUGUCUACUUAGUAAGGGAUUUGAUCAAAAGGAUGAAAUCGCGCAUGUCGGCAUUAACCCUCCGCUUGAACAACUCGGAUAGUUUCCGAUGGUUCUUGUAUGUGUCGCGCCGGCCCUCAGAAGAGCGACUUAAACUAUGGUGUGGCUGUCAAGAAGGGUGUACUACUCCGGAAGUGUCUAAGCAACAAGGACUAAAUCUUUCUAGAUGUAUUCAGGUAGAUAGACCUUUCCCAUAAUCAAUCGAAAGUGCGG